AUGUUCCUGGCGACGCUGUACUUGGCGCUGCCGCUGCUGGACGUGCUGCUGUCGGCGGAGGUGAGCGGCGGGGACCGCCUGGACUGCGUGAAAGCCAGCGACCAGUGCCUGAAGGAGCAGAGCUGCAGCACCAAGUACCGCACGCUGAGGCAGUGCGUGGCGGGCAAGGAGACCAACUUCAGCCUCGCGUCCGGCCUGGAGGCCAAGGACGAGUGCCGCAGCGCCAUGGAGGCCCUCAAGCAGAAGUCGCUCUACAACUGCCGCUGCAAGCGCGGCAUGAAGAAGGAGAAGAACUGCCUGCGCAUCUACUGGAGCAUGUACCAGAGCCUGCAGGGAAAUGAUCUGCUGGAAGAUUCCCCUUACGAACCAGUCAACAGCAGGUUGUCCGAUAUAUUCCGGGUGGUCCCUUUCAUACCUGUGGAGCACAUCCCCAAGGGGAACAACUGCCUGGACGCCGCCAAGGCCUGCAACCUGGACGACACGUGCAAGAAGUACCGGUCCGCCUACAUCACCCCGUGCACCACCAGCAUGUCCAACGAGGUGUGCAACCGGCGCAAGUGCCACAAGGCCCUGAGGCAGUUCUUCGACAAGGUGCCGGCCAAGCACAGCUACGGCAUGCUCUUCUGCUCCUGCCGCGACAUCGCCUGCACCGAGCGCCGGCGGCAGACCAUCGUGCCCGUGUGCUCCUACGAGGAGCGGGAGAAGCCCAACUGCCUGAACCUGCAGGACUCCUGCAAGACCAACUAUAUCUGCAGAUCUCGCCUCGCGGAUUUUUUCACCAACUGCCAGCCGGAGUCCAGAUCUGCCAGCAGCUGCCUGAAGGAAAACUAUGCCGACUGCCUGCUCGCCUACUCGGGGCUCAUUGGGACAGUCAUGACCCCCAACUACAUAGACUCCAACAGCCUCAGCGUGGCCCCGUGGUGCGACUGCAGCAACAGUGGCAACGACCUGGAAGAGUGUUCGAAGUUCCUGAAUUUCUUCAAGGACAAUACGUGUCUUAAAAAUGCAAUCCAGGCUUUUGGCAACGGCUCCGAUGUCACUGUGUGGCAGCCAGCCCUCCCGGUCCAGACCACCACUGCCACCACCACCACAGCCUUCCGGGUCAAGAACCAGCCCUUGGGGCCAGCAGGGUCUGAGAACGAGAUCCCCACCCACGUCUUACCGCCUUGUGCAAACUUACAGGCACAGAAGCUGAAAUCCAAUGUGUCGGGCAGCACACACCUCUGUCUUUCUGAUCGCGACUACGAGAAGGAUGGCCUCGCCGGUGCCUCCAGCCACAUAACCACAAAAUCGAUGGCUGCCCCUCGGAGCUGCAGUCUGAGCCCACGGCUGGUUCUGGUGGUAACCGCCCUGUCCACCCUCUUACCUUGGUCCUUGGCAGAAACGUUAUAG